AUGUCUCCGGAUAGAGGCCGGUUCAGCGAUCGGUGGAUUGAACUGUGCAUAACCGCCUUGGGAUUGACAGGCGCUCUACUUGUUGGGACGUAUAUGAUAUCAAGAAUAUCCGAGGUUUCUGAUCCCGAUCAUGAGAAAAAAGAGCAAACGCGGAUGAAAUCUGCUGCAAUACUUCGCCGCCUCGAUGGUCCAAAAGAUGGAACUACUGAUGGGGAUCCUGCCCGGCCUAGGCGGGAAGAUCUGGUGCUUUCACAGUAUGAGCAGGCGGUGCUACAAGAUUUAGUCUUUCCAGAAGACAUUCCGGUCUCAUUUGAUGACAUUGGUGGACUAAGCCACAUCAUUGAUGAGCUGCGCGAGUCUGUCAUUUAUCCACUAACUAUGCCGAAUCUCUACACCGGCUCCUCAUCGCUCCUGUCGGCGCCGCCCGGUGUCUUACUAUAUGGACCACCGGGAUGUGGGAAAACGAUGCUCGCGAAAGCCCUUGCCCACGAAAGUGGUGCCUGUUUCAUCAAUCUUCAUAUAUCGACACUCACGGAGAAAUGGUUUGGCGACUCGAAUAAGCUGGUCAAUGCAGUCUUUUCACUUGCACGAAAGCUAGAGCCCACCAUUGUUUUCAUUGACGAGAUCGAUGCAGUGCUAGGGACCAGACGAUCCGGAGAGCACGAGGCGAGCGGCAUGGUGAAGGCCGAAUUCAUGACACAUUGGGAUGGUCUUGCAUCGGCAAAUCGCCACGGUCAGCCUCAGCGCAUAAUGAUAUUGGGGGCCACCAACAGGAUUGGUGAUAUCGAUGAUGCGAUCCUCCGACGCAUGCCGAAAAAGUUUCCUGUUUCUCUACCGACGACAUCCCAGCGGCUCAAGAUCCUCAGGUUGCUCCUCCGAGACACCAAGGUCGAUACCUCGCAAUUCGACGUGGAGUAUUUGGCCAGAGCUACCGCAGGGAUGUCAGGCAGCGAACUGAAAGAGGCUUGUCGAGAUGCUGCAAUGAUCCCCGUCCGCGAGAUGAUCCAAGCACAGCGGAGAAAUGGACAGCCCAUGAACCAAGUACGGCCAGGUCACGUUCGCGGAUUGUGCACGAAUGACUUUUUUACACCCCAAGGAGGCCGCAAACGUCUGAGAGCCCAGAAAUCUACGGAGGAGAAAGAAUGGAGCACAGCAUCAAACUCGCCGGACGAUGCCUCGGAUGUUUCAGACCCAGUUGAAGCUGUCGAUGCAGCGGAGACCUUGGCACGGUAA